AUGGUAGCAUCGCAGAGUAAUUUAGAAAUAUAUUUGGUACACUGCACAAACGAACCGAAUGUCUCCAUACCACAUUUGGCCAAUUUACUUAUCGAACGCUCACAGAAUACCAAUUGGGUGGUGGUCUAUAAAGCGCUGAUAACCACUCAUAAUUUGAUGGCAUAUGGCAAUGAGCGUUUUAUGCAGUAUUUAGCAUCCAGUAAUUCAACAUUUAAUCUCAGCAAUUUUCUGGACAAAGGCGGCGUGCAAGAUGGCUUAUCGGCACCGGGUGGCAGAAUGGGCUAUGAUAUGUCGCCGUUCAUACGACGCUAUGCCAAAUACUUGAAUGAAAAGUCGCUCUCAUAUCGUGCAAUGGCUUUUGAUUUUUGCAAAGUAAAGCGCGGCAAAGAGGAGGGCUCUCUACGCACCAUGAACGCCGACAAGCUGCUCAAGACAUUACCUGUACUGCAAGGACAAUUAGAUGCUUUAUUGGAAUUCGAUUGCCAGGCCAAUGACUUGUCUAAUGGUGUCAUCAACGUUAGCUUCAUGCUGCUCUUUCGCGAUUUGAUACGCUUAUUUGCUUGCUACAAUGAUGGCAUCAUUAAUUCUGAGAAAUAUUUCGAUAUGAAUAAGAAGCAUGCACGCGACGCUUUGGAUUUGUAUAAAAAGUUUUUGGUGCGCAUGGAUCGUGUUGGGGAAUUUUUGAAAGUCGCUGAGAAUGUUGGCAUAGAUAAGGGCGAUAUACCCGAUUUGACGAAGGCUCAGUCACUAUUGGAUGCUUUAGAACAACAUUUGGCCACUUUGGAGGGACGUAAAGUAUCCGCCGCAAAUACACCAACUCAAUCGGCAAGCUCAUCCUUUGGUACAGCUGCAGCAUCGAGCAAAUUCGACACCACCAAUGGCAUCGAUGAGCAAUUAAAGGCACAGGUGUUGGCCGAAGAGGAAGCGGCUAUGAAUCAGUACAAACAAUCGAAAGUAUCUUCACCCACUGCAGGCGGUGGUGGCGCUGGUGCUGGUGCUGCAUUAACAAAUCCAUUCUUAUCGUCACCGCCAGCCAGUGGCGCUGGUGCACCGAUAGUCGAUCUGUUUGGUGCAGCUCCGGCAACGGCUGCCGGCACUGCGGGUGCCAGUAGUGGUGGCGGUGCUGCUGGCGGCACCACCACCAAGGCAUCCGAUGAUUUACUACAGCUGGGCAAUCCAUUUGCUGAUAUGUUUGAUGCGCCCGUUGGCGGUGUGUGCGCUGGUGGCGGCGUAGCAGCGGGAACAGGUGGUGCACAUAAUACCAAUAAUAUUUGGAUGCAUAAUAAUGGUUUCAAUGGUGCUGCUGCGCCAUCAGCGGCUGCCAAUGCUUUCGUUUCGGACAGCAACUUCUCGUCCGUUUUUGGUAAUACUGAACCAGCCGCUGCUGGCUCAUCGACCGCCGCCGCUGCUGCGGCAACAGUGCCCAAUCCGUUCUUCGACACCAUGGACGCUCCAUUAUUUGGCGCACCACAACAACCACAGCAACAGCAGGCGGCAUUUUCUACAGCAUCAACUAGCGGCGGUGCCGCCGUUGCCACCUUUAUGCCCCAGGGAGCGCCAGCCGCGCAAACACUCUUUAUGAACACGACAGCCGCGGUGGCGCCGGCGCCUCAACAAUUCCCACCAGGCUUCGAUGCUCUGGGUGAUGUACUCAAGCCGGGCAUCACAUCCACACAUCCAGCCGCAGCCAAUCAAACAAAUAUUGUCACUACAGGUGCUCUGGGUAUGGUCGGCAGCCAGCAACAGCAACUACUCACCCAACAGCAGCAACAACAACUGCAACUGCAACAACAACAGCAAAUGCAACCUGCUAGCACUGGAAAAAUACUCACCGGCGAUUUGGAUAGUUCACUAAUGUCACUUGUAGAUAAUCUGAAUAUAAAUAAAUCGAGCAGUGCAAAACCUGUGCAAUGGAAUUCACCGAAAAACACAGCGAAACCCGGUGCUAAUUGGACACCUCAACCAAUGGCGGCUACAACUGGUGCUGGCUAUCGUCCAAUGGCACAUGGCAUGACAGUAAGUCCUGCGCCAAUCACAAUCCAAAACCAUCCGUAUAUACACGCUAGUUAUCCUGUUAUACCAAAUUAUAUGCAGCAGGGAAUGCCGGUGAUGGGACAACCUAUGCUGGGUCAAGCCCCUUUGACUGGCGUACAACCGACGAUGAUGACAGCGGCGCCGCCCACACUGCACAGUAGUGCGAUAACAAUGCAACCGCAAUCACUCCAUCAGCAACCCAACGGCGGAAAUAAGGGGGCGCCACUCGAUCCAUUUGGUGUGUUAUAAGAUGGCUAAUGUAGCGGGCAGCCGUGAGCAACAACAAUGUGUAUAGAACCCUAACAAUCCAAACCUAGCAGAGCAGCAGAGAGCAGCACAGCUGGUGUUGCUGCUGCAAUGGAGUAUGAUGCCAUCCAACAAGUAAAGCAUAACCAAUCAAUUUGUAAAAGCGAUUGGGUAGGGGGAGUAAAAAUACAAAAAGAAAAAGACAAAAUGGUUGACUAAGUGGUUUGUUGGGGGAAAGAGGGAGGGGGGAUUUGGAGGGUAGAAACAAAAGCUUAGCUGGGGUAGAAAAUUUAGCUGCCUUCCUUUUUGAGGGACACGGAGCGUGUAGUGCAAGUUGUGAAUGACAUUCACCGGAAAAAAUAAAAAUAAAAAGGAAAAACUCAGUUUCAAAUU